AUGACAGACUCGGAUCUUUCGCCAGCCAAAUCUGUGCUUUUGGCUGUUCAUUUGGCCAGCAAAGGACACAUAGCGACGCUUCGAACCCUCAUUUCCUUCCAUCGUAAGACCCUACAUACCGAACUGGUCCUCCGCAUCCUCCUCAGCCACCUUCCAGAAAGUCUCGACUCUUCGGAUUAUGUCUCUUUUCUGGAAGAUUUGGAAUCUGGGAACAUAACAGAAGACGUAGAAGCUCCUGUCGAUGCCUCGCCUCUCCGCGAACUAUGCGAUACAGAAGCAAAAAGCAAGGUGCGGAAGCUGGGUCUGCUCACUCUACUAUGGCCAGAUGCACCACAAGAUGCCCCAGCAGAGCCUUUCGUCCGCUUUCUCAUACAUCGAUCAAUACGGAUAGACCUGUAUACUGGCCUGAUCGCCCAGAUACCUGAGCUCAUUGGUCCUUUCCUACACCUGUCUAGUUAUCUGAGAGUAUGGGCUAUAUCUACGGUGCUUCCUCUUCUACGCCUGAACUACGAAUAUCACCCUGAAGAAGCUACGAUUCUGACAAUAACCAAAUUCGAAGGAUUGAACGACCGCGCAGGGGUCACAUUACUGUUGGGAAAAACUGGCCAAGGCCAGACAAACGACUCGACCUCUGAUCUUACAGUUGGACGAGAUCUCAAAGGCUUGAUCGGGCCAUGGAUGUACGGGGAUACAAGGACAAAGAGGAGGAUGCUCCGAAGGAAGUCCUCGCUCACACUGCAUGCCUUGGAACCACAGAUGGACCUCUCGGAUAGAAAUCAUAAAUAUCUGGGCUGGGAAGAGGUGUUUAAGUGGAUAGUUGGAGAAGCAUGCGCAUCAUGGAAAACAGCAGUAGAAGCCAUAGAGCAAUGGGGUGGCCCUGGAGACGUGGACCUUGGAGGGUGGGACGAUGGGACCGUGUGGCUGGACGAAGACGACCAACAACUUCUUGAGGCUCGUUAUGCUCGCUCAGCUCUUGCUACAGCCUACCUUAUUUCUGAAGAAUCUGAAUCGGCGUUGAAUGGAGUUCAGCGCGUCUUGACGCGUAUUACCAAUCUCCUGGACCAAGACAGAAUACCGACUUUAGAAGCUGCCUGUGCGCUUCUGUCUCCUGUGCCAGCUCUCGAUGAGAGCAACAUUUUGUCGCGCAAAAAUUCUUCAUACUUGCGAAAUGAGCUUUUGGAUGAACAAAAUCCCUUGACCGCCCCGAAGGAAGAACCGAUCAAACUACUCCAUGCUCUACUGAUAAGUGCAUUCUUAUGUACAAGAGCUAAAUUCCCGGUCAGCAUCAGACGGGCUGGCGAACUUGCCCUUCUGCAAGAUGAGCAUGAACAGAGACUUGUCUUCCACGACCUCAUGAAUCGCAUUGGCAAUGGCCCCAAGGAAGACGAUAAGUACUGGAUAAGAGCUAGAAAUGAGAUUCUAUGGCUAUCGAACUGGGGUGCGGAGGAGCUUUCGGAUGGUUCCGAGCCCACCAAAGCUAAAGGGAGGGGCAUCUUUGGCCAGCUCUCCCGAGAAUUGAUUGAGGCCGAAUUUCUCAAAACGCUCCUGACAAAUACAAGUAGGUGUACACUCGCCCAUUCCCUCUACGUGGGCGUAUCAGAUCAACCACUGCCAAAGGCCGUUCUCCACGACGUUAUCAUCUCGACAGCCAUGAACGCCUACGACAAUGCGACUAAUGCUAACAAAACUCGGGGUAGCCUGAAAAAAUGCAAUGAUGUAUUACUCUCUUUCAGUGAUAUAUUGGAUGGGUCAGAGAGCUACGAGGAAGGAAAAUUUCUGAUCCGACUCACUCAUAAUGUUGGAAAAUACCGUCUGGUUUUCAAGCAGGGCGAGCCGUUCAAACCGGUGACUCUCCGAGUUCAUAACGAUCCUAUCUCGAUCAUCGGCAAGAUUCUUGAGCAAAAUCCAAAAAGCUAUGCCCAGAUUGGAGAAUUUCUGGACAUGGGUCACGACAUGGUGAUGGCUGGUUUGAAGGGCGUAAAGCUACAGAUGGGAGAUGUUCCACAAGCGGAACAGAAAGCAAUUGCUGAAAAGCGUGUGGUCAGCAUGUGCAUAGAUGCUGCUCUUGCGGAGGAUGACUUCGAGACUGCGUAUUCAUACGUGGUAACGUGGUUGAAGGAUAUCGCUGGCCGAGCUCAUGCUCGCUGUCCGGACUUGGAACGGAACAAGCUUGGCCUCUUUGCGGAACCACCUCCAAAGGUUCUCGACGACUGGUCUUGGCGAGCUGCGCUGCAAGCUGGAAAGUAUGAGCGGACAUCGCACAGUAUCAAGCCUACACACUUGGGCAAUACAAGCGGAGACCUCGAUAUACGGCAUCUCGAACAACGUAUGGAUUGUUUAUCACAAGCUCUGCGGCUAGCCCCAAAGGCUACGUUGCAGGAUAUUAUCAAUGUUUACCGUCGUUGCGAAGAGAAGCUUGAGGCCCUCGUGAAGAAGGAGGCAGAAGAGGAGGCAAAAUGGGAGGCUCAAACAGAUGGACAGAUUAUGCCGGGUGGCUUUGCAGAAACGCCUCAGAGGAAAAAUAUCGCGGCUAGCACAUCCCGAGCAGUGGAAGAAGAACCCAUGUCCUUGUUCGACCUCUCACGUGCCAGCAUGGCGAAGGCCCAGGGCGGAUUCUCGGCCCUGUCGAUGCUUAGGGUCGGUAAUAAAACCACGCAAGAACCGGCCACACCAGACUCUAGAGAAAGUGGGGACUUUUCGCGAACUUCGACGCCUGACUAUGGUGCGCCCAAGAAUCCGAUGAGGAAGAGGGAUCAAUUGAAGAAUGUAGCAGUUGGUGGACUUGCCACCGGGGUAGGAUGGCUGCUUGGAGCUCCACCCGUGAAUCACAACGAGGAAAACGAUCCACAUUGA